CUGCAGGAGGCUGGGACAGAGCCGGCAGCAGCCAUGUUCUCCCUGCCCUCCCUCUCUUCCUGGCUGCCCAGCUUCCCCGCCCUGGAGUGGGGCUCUGACCUCCUGGACUCCCUUCUACAAGGCUUUAUCGGGGCCUGUGGCAUCUCUGUUCUCAACAACCUCCUGAAGAUCUACUUCUUCCUGGUCUGCGUCAACACCCCGAAAAGACGGCUGGAAAAGGAGCGACUGCGAGCCCAAUGGGCCUCCCUGGAGAUGGUGCACCUGGCAGGCCUGGCCCUCAUCCUCACCCUCGUGGGCACGCGGGUGGCCUCCCUGGUGGUGCUGGAGUUCUCUCUUCGGGCCAUCUCCAUGGUGCUGUCCCUGGACAAGGGCUCCCUGGGCUCCGAGAAGCUGCAGUUGUAUCUCCUGAGCCAGUACUCGCUGGGCUGUGGGCUGACUUGCGGCUUGAGCUACCUGCAGGAAGGGGCCCCGCACCGCACCUUGAACCUGCUGCUGAGCCUCGGACUGGCUGCACUGCUGCACAUGGGUGCUCGGCGCUGCCGCCUCCAUGUCUGUCACCUCUAUGAGCUUCACACCAGCCAGAACUACUGUGGGCUCUGCCUGGGCCUGCUGGCUAGCGCGCACAACCUUCCCAGACUGCUGGGCCGUGCCCUGACAGUGGCUUUCAUAGUGGGGGACCUGGCGGCUGUGACCCUCAUCAAUCAGGAUUUUCUAACCACCUCGGAGGCUGUGCGCUUCUGGACACCACUCACCAUCUGCUACACGCUGCUGGUCAUCUACAUGCAAGAGGAGGAACGCCGGAACCCUGGCAUGCAGGGCCAGGUACAAACGGUGCUGGUGCGCAUGGGAGGACUCUCAGUGCUGCUGCUGACCGUGGGUCGAUGGCUGGACCUGCUGGGCCUCUUCUUCUCCCUGCUCGGCGAGAUUUGGUGUCUGGUGGGCAUCCGCACCCUUCUUGACCUCUGCGAGGUCCAGGUGGGCAACCUUACCCUGACUUAGACC